AGAAAGCUACUUCGAGGGCCAUUGCAGUUUAAGUCACGUGGAGCUCAUCGCGAGCACGUCUCUAAAAAGAAAAAUAACAUGUCUUCAAAAGUCCUCAUCUACUGAACCCAAGGACACAAAAGUCGAGUCGAAUCCAACUCGGCCAACAGCGGAAGCAACAGCAGCAAUAGCAGUGGCAGCACUAGUCACGGCCAGCACCGGCAGCAGAAGCAGAAGCAGCAACAAGGACACUCACACCUUGGCCACUCCCCAUCUCCUUUUCAUCUGAGCUGUUUGCAUUUCCUCUUCAGAACUACCGCCAACGCCUUUUCCGUCGUAAUCACUCGCUCCUCUUCACCAGGUCCGUUCAGCAGCAUAUCCAUGAUGUCAGAAGCAGCCCUGACGAAUGGCCCAAUGGUCCCCAAUGUCGCGUCCUCGCUUCUGCCACAUCAGAAUUCAACGACAGUGCAAAUCGGACCAAACCCGCCCAUGACAGAUGCGCAACGAUCAGAACUGGAAGGAUACAUGAGACGGGACGCCAUCUUUGUCACGGCAUUCGAGCAGCAGAGGCAGAUGCAAGUGGCCCUCGCUCAUGGAAAGCAGCUCGAGAUCAGACAAACAGCGCAAGUAGGUGCAGACAUCUUCGGGCCUGGAUACCACCCUUCGUACGGCAACGGCAGUGGAACCCCCGCCACCAACGGCCCUGCUCCAAACGCGUUUCACAUUGUGUAUCCAGCUCAUCGGAGGCGCGCCAGGAAGUCCAAAGAGUUUGUCUUUUCCAAGACUAUGAUCGAGGAGCAAGCUUCAAAGGAGGAUGCACUUGUGCCGAUCCGACUCGAAAUCGAUGUUGACGGGCUUGUCUUGCGGGAUACAUUUACAUGGAACUUACAUGAGUCUCUCAUCACCCCUGAACAUUUCGCGGAAGUACUGUGUGAAGACCUGCAGUUCCCUGUCCACCAAUUCGCUCCUCAGGUAUCAAGGUCGAUACGCGAUCAGAUUCAGGAUUACCACCUACCAGCGCUGAGCACAGCAGAACCGCCUACAGGAGACUUGGAAUCAGGAGCUCCAGAAGAAUCAAAAUCUGCCGAACUCCGCAUUUUGAUCAAGAUUGAUAUCACUGUUGCGAACACAUCGCUGAUCGACCAGUUUGAAUGGGACAUUUCUUGUCCCAAUAACGACCCAGAGCACUUUGCGGAAGUACUCGCAUCUGAAUUAGGCUUGGGUGGCGAAUUUAGGACCGCCAUUGCCCAUUCGAUCCGUGAGCAAGUUCAAACGCAUACAAAGUGCCUCAAUUUGAUCGGCUACAACUAUGAUGGAAGCUCAGUGCACGAUGAAGACUUGCGAAGCAGCUUCCUGCCUAAAAUCACCAAUAUUCUGCGCGAGGAAGAUGUCGUGGACCAAUUCACUCCUAUCCUGGAGAAGUUGACCGAACCCGAAAUAGACAAGCUGGAGAGGGACCGCGAACGCGAUAAAAGGCGGAAACGUCGGCAGACGCGUGGUCGAAGAGGCGUUAUUCUUCCUGAUCGGGAGCCGUCGAAAACAAAGAGAACGCUGUUACACCAUGGACAUACGUCGGAGGCCGCCGACCCAUUACAGGACCUUCAGCAACAUGAUCCAGCGCUUAUCAAUCGACUGGGGCCAAUGACGAGGAGAACUACAAUGGCGCACGAUCACUCGCCUGUUGGAUCGCUUUCGGCACCGACAUCAUCUCUGGCAGGCCAGGGAACACCGGCGCAUCAUCAUCGCAUGACGCGGAAACUGAGGGGCUCGGGAUCUGAUUUCUCCAUUCAUCAUCUUGGACUGCCUGGUGUAGGGAGUAUCUCGGCAUCUCACACCAGAGAGUCUUUGCAUGGGUCAAGGGACAAGCUAGGGAGCGGUGGUAGCAGCCGGGAGCACCAUGCAAACUCACCCAUGCGAGAGACUACACCAGUACAGAGCAGUAAAGAAGUCGUUGGACAUUCUUCCCCCGUAGAGCCGCGGACCCCACAGCAGAUUGGACGAUCUACAUAUGCAACGACCCCCGAGCCCAAUGCGCCAUUUUCGUCCCCGCCGUCUGGAAGCAGUGCAUUCAAUCUGCGACCAACGACCGCGAUGCCAUCCACCAUGCCACCAAUGCAGUCGAGUUUUGUGCCAGCAGAGAACAUGCCCAAGAGUCUUGCCCAGGAUCAAUUUCGGCUUCAGCAAAUCUAUCCGUCAGAUCGUUUCGAGAUUCUUGUACGCUCGGGCAGUGGGUUAGAAAUCAUUGGUGGUAGCAGAAAUGGACUCUCGACCGAAGAUUAUCGUGUGCGGUGCUUGGAAUGCCCCCCAGGAAAACUCUACAACUCCGGGCCUGAUGGCACACUGCAGAACUUUGAGGUCCAUCUCAAGUCGAACCGCGUCCAUCGAUCAUAUGUGGAGCAGAAGAAGUUGCGAGUUGGAAAUGGAUCGCCGCACGCUGCACUAGCCCACUCGCUGCCACAGUCGUACCAGCACCAUGCUCUAUCUUCUCCAUCAAACUCUCAGCAGCCCUAUCAGCAAGUUCAGCAUCACUCGACACAACACCAGCAGCCGCAGAAAACCCAUGGAGUCGGACUUGGGAUCGAGGGGUGAUUGCAUAAGAGAAGUAGCAUUUUGAGCUGCUCAUAGACAUAUACAUAUAUACUAUAUACCUUCGUCGUCUUCCUUGCAGCAUCGUCUGUAUUUUUGGGCAACAAUAUAUAAUGGU